AGAGAUAUGGAAACAAAUCUGAAUCAAAAUUCAUGUAUGAGACAAGUCGAUACUAAUCAACAAAAAUGACAAGUCAUCGUCCAAGCAGCUCAAGACCAAGUUCAGGGCGAAGAAUUGACAGCGCUAGAAGUCGAAAAAAUGAUGAAGAAACAUUUAGUGACUUGAAGGCAUACUAUCUUAUGGUAUUUGAUGAUAUUAAGGAUGAAAUAACUUCUAAGGAGAAAUUAAAUCAAGUUUUACAGCAAGCUGGAAGGAAUCCUACCAGGAAACUACUUGAUAAACAUUGGAGAAAAAGCACAGAAUGCUUAACAUUUGAUGACUUCUGUGAUAUAUGCAAGAAUGAACCUCCAACAAGUGAAGAUGACUUAAUGAAAGCAUUCAAGAAGAUAGAUGUGAACUCUGAUGGAUAUAUUACCAACAAAGAGCUCAUGAAAGUCAUGACAACGAAAGGAGAAAAGAUGAGCAGGGCCGAAGUACAGAAGAUGAUAGAUGAAGUUGACGAGAAUGGAGAUGGGAAGCUAGAUUAUAAAGAGUUUAGCAAAAUGGUGAUGUCAACUGCGAAGGAAUGCAAACAGAAAGCUCAGCGCCAUUUAGAAAGAAAAAGCAAGGAGAAAAGUCGAAGAAAUGGUUCAGGUGAUGGUCCUGGAUCGGCCAAGAAAUCCUCAAAAAACAAAGUCAGCCCAAGGAAUCAAAGAGAUAGCAAUGACAGUGACAAUGAUAAACCUGUCCCCAAACCACGAACACCUAAACCUACUAGUAGAGACCACUCAAUAAAUGACACAGGUGAGCCGAAAUCCCCAAGAUCUAAGCAUGAAGAUCGUCCAAAAUCACCAGCUGUGCUAAAACGUGCCAAACUUCACGAACCGAAAAAUAUAAAGAACUGGUCAUUGGUGCUUAGAAGAGGUAGCUUUUUCUUUGAUGAUGAUAGCAAUAUAGUCAGUCAACAAUUCCAGUUGGUGCUCCCCGAGGACAGUGGUGUCUGGAUCACUAUAGAACCCUUUUAUUUAAGGCCUAGUGAUGAAUCACGGUAUAGUGAUGCCCCCAUAGAUACAAUGUUAAUGUUGCUACGUGAUAGACCAGACAGAGACGGUAACAGACUUGUUACUUUUACUGAACAAAAAGACAACAAAGGGAAAUUUGGUCUGAGAUGUGACCUAGAUGCUGGUAAAUACACAUUGAUGCCAUUUACAACAGGGUGUCGCCUAAAGAGACGAAGGAGUGAACCAAAAGUUGAAACAAAGCUUGUAAGGAAACAAGAUGACGGCAGUUUUAUGCUGACUAAAAGUUUUAAAGAGGCCUUGUCUGAUAUAUUUGAGAUGAAUGACCUUGAUGCCAAUGGUCUGCUAAGCCGUGAUGAGUUUAACAUGUACAACAUACGCACAAGUGGGGAGGAGGUCACUGAUGAUGUGUGGGAGGUGGUCGAAGAACAAUUUGAGCUGAAAAAGGGUCAAAUUACUCGGAAAGGAUUCAUAGACUUAAACCAGAUGGAGGCUGAUGACAAUGAGGGUGAUACUGAAGACUUGUGGGUAACCCUGAGUAGUAUGGGCUACAAUAAAAACCUUGAAAUGGAUGAGGCUUGUCCCUUCAGUCUUGAAGUUUAUACCGAAGACACCAAAAAGGCUGAUGUGAAAGCAACAGGUUUCACAGAUCCUGACCAGCAAUAUUCAUCUGACCUCUGUCAUGCAAUACUAUCAAAGGGUGACGCCAGUAAGGUGAAAAAUAUGAAAGAUCUCACCAUGUACACAUAUACAACAGAUUUCUGUACCAGCGUGGCACUAGAAAAUAAGUCAAGAAGUAAGGUGACAGUGAGAGUAGACUGUAGCAAGAGCAAGAACUGUGUCAGUUGUAGAGACUCCUUAGAUUGCAGAUGUGAUAUUCCCUCCAGAGAAUCUGUGGUGGCGCACCACAUCUUCCCACAGAAUGAUACGCAAGAAUGGCAUUUUCGAUGUUCAGAAAUCAUUGUGAAAUAAACUUGUUAUAUGCCUAUUAUUGGUGGUCUCAUCCUCAACAAUUGUGGUCUUAUCCCGAACAAUGGUGGUCAUCACAUUAUUGGUGGUGAAAUUAUACUGUUGCCAUGGGAAUGCAGAAAAUGUGUCAAGUGAUCUCAUAUUGGAGCAGAACUCUCAGGAUCUAUGUGUUUCAUGGGAAUGCUUUAUAGUUUUUGAACAACCCUCAUAAAGUGACAAAAUAGGACAAAAUAAAUUUCAGAUUUUAUGAAAAUGAACAGUGGGUUGAUAUUGUGCUUUCCAUUGACUUACCAAAUUUACAAAAAUCAAUAAACAUGAAAAUUAAGAGCAAUUAAUAAAGCCAAAAAUCCCCAAAAUAAGGCCAAAGUGAGUGAAGUGACAGAUCAAUCUAUAUCACUCGGAGUAUCUGAGGAAUAUCUAGUGGAUUUAUUGCUGAAAUGAUUAUGGGAGGAAUAUGGGAGGAAGAUGGGAGGAAUAUGCUUGGUUGACAGGCUCAUAGACUAUAACACUUCAGAAGUAAGAAGUCUUCUGCCAUGUAAAAGAUUCACAAGCCCUAAUAUACCUUACAUCUAAAUUCCCCUUCAUUGUGAGAGAGGGCAAUCUUACAUUUAGGUGGGAUUAAUGAAGAAAUGAAGAUUUUAGUGAGAUGCAAAAUCAUGUAUCUGAUCAAUUGUAAAAAGUACAGUUGAUGUAUCAUCUUGUUUAUUAUGUCACCACCACAA